AGCAUAGUGUAAAAGAGAAGAGUUAGAGGGGUAUGAGCUGUGUAAUACAAGUACUGGACCCCACCACCCAUGUGCCUUCUUCCUGUCUCCACCACUUCCUGUUUCCAAACUCAAUCAUUACAUUACAUUACUCACUCCCUCCUCCUCCUUCCUCCUCCUCUAAACAAACCAAAAAAACCCAAAACCCUCCUUCACAAUAUUAAAUUAAAAAAAAACAACAUGUCUAACUCCAAGGAAACAUCUAACGCCGUCACAACAACAGACCCCGAACCCACAAACCAACCCGCCACUAAAAAACCACCGUCAAAAGACCGUCACAGCAAAGUCGACGGACGCGGCAGAAGAAUACGCAUGCCAAUCAUCUGCGCCGCACGUGUCUUCCAGCUGACACGUGAGCUCGGCCAUAAAUCCGACGGUCAAACCAUCGAGUGGCUCCUCCGUCAAGCCGAGCCCUCCAUCAUCGCCGCCACCGGGACCGGAACUACUCCCGCUUCUUUCUCUUCUCUCUCCGAGCAUAAACCGUUUCUCUCUCCUUCUCCGUUUAUUCUCGGGAAACGGUUACGUUCGGAACAUGAUGAAGCGGUUUCUGUUUCGAUUGCGGCUCCUACUGCUCCUCCUGCUUUGUGGAGGCCGGAUUUCGCUCAGCUUUGGAGUUUCGCUGCUGCUCAGCCUCCGCCGGAUGUUCUUUCCAUUUCGCCGAAUCAGCAUCAUCAUCAGCAUAGUUCGCUGUUUCAUCAUCAACAGCAGCAGCAACAGCAACAACAGCAGCAUCAACAACAAGGUUCCAUGGGAGAAGCUUCCGCGGCGAGGCUAGGGAAUUAUCUCCCCGGACAUCUGAAUUUGCUCGCUUCAUUGUCCGGUGGUAAUGGAAACUCCGGCCGCGGAGACGACGAGGAUCGUUGAUUGGAGAAUUACACUGGUUUUCUGGUUUUCACUGUUCACGUUGUUACUAUAUAUUUAUAGCUAUGCAUUAAUUAUGGUGUCUGUGUGUUUUUUUUUUAUAUUUUUGUGUGGAAAAGUAGAAUAUUCUUAGUCAAAUUUUAGGGUUAGGUUUAUGUUAAUUUUGGAGUGGAGAAGUCCUUGAAUUGAGGAGUUCAAUUAGAAUUAGGGUUUUCGGAGGUGCGAAAACUGAUUAGGUUUUUAGAAGAUGAUGAAUAUUUGUUUAGAUUAUUGAAGUUUCUGUUGGAGAAGGGAAAUGGAAGCAUGGAUUAGUGUGAUAUGCAUUUGCAAUGCUUGAAGAUGAAUGAAGAUCAAACAUGCUGCUUCUGUUUCUCCUUCGUGAAUUUCAUGCUUCUGGGUCGCCAAUUGAGCGUUAUUGAAGAGAUUGGGGGUCCAUUUGAAGUGUGGAUGGUAGGAAUUUGGCAUAGCUCUUCUGGUGAACUGUGCCUUACUUUUGUUUGAGAAAGGACUAGUACCUGUAAGAAAUGGGGACUACUGUUCCACUCUGUAAAACUUCUGUUUUUGAGAUUUUUAUUUAUCAGCAAUUCUUAUUCCAUUUGUUAGAUUGAUCAGUGUGAGACUGAGAAUAAUGUGUUUUCUUCUAUGUAACUUGAUUGUUGUGGGGUGUUAGUGAAGUGAAUAAAUACCCAUUUCUUUCUAUCUUA